AUGUUCGGCUCCGGGGAAACCCCUGCGGGCAAACGUCCAAAGCCCGAGCCUUCCUCCGAUGUCCCUGCGCAAGCAGAUGUGCUGGCCAUGGCGAAGGCGCAGUUUGGUGACAAGCUUUCUGCCGAAGAGCUGCAAGGCUUUCUCAACUCCAUGGCCCAGCUGCGGAGCCAAGGCUCCGGUGCUUCCUCCACAUCGCCCAAUCCUUCAGCAGUUCCGCAGAUUGUAAAGAUCGAGGCCGAUGAACUGCAAGCAAAACAAGAAGUGGAAGGGGCCCUCAAUGUUCCUUGGGAGGAUCUUUCUGAGCCACAAAAGCACGCCCUGCGUGAUAAGGACACCAGGGAUUUUGUGCUUCUCCUGGCAAAUAGUGCCACGCGUGGUGGGUUCUUUUUCGACAAAGACAAGCAGUCCUUUGAGCGUGUGGCCAUGAUGCAGCUCCCAGAGCGCGAGGCCAUGCAAACGGACUUCGAUGAGAUUGCAGAGCUUGCAGUCGAGGACACCAUCAAGCAGGCCCUCAUUUCCUUCCACAAAGACACCCACGUUCGCGACCUUCAAGCCUUGUCCCAAAAGGUCACGGAUGCGAUGGCAGCCCAGCACGAUUGCAACCGCAUCUUCGGCUCCAGGUUGAACCAAGUGGAGGACCGCUUGGAAAUUCUGGAGGCAGACGUCGCGCGUCGCACACUCCUACUGAGCCAGUUGCCUCCUACGGCGUCCAUCGGCAAUUUGAAGGCCUUCGUCAAGUCGUUUUGCAAGUACGACGACCUUCAGGAUAUGGUCACCCAUAGCUACAGCUCGAAACAUGCUUUGGCAGUACUCCAGUUCAUUCGGGCCCAGAGUUGUCAUGAUGCGUAUUCGCAGUUCCAGAAGCAAUCCUCACUUGGCAAGCUCCCGAAACUGCAGUACAAGGUCGAGGGUAAGGAGGAGACGGUGCCUGGCAAGGAAUUGCGUCUGGAGAAAUACCAGCCGCAGUCGAAGCUCCUCGCGAUGCUUCCCAUCAAAACCAUGCAUGCGCUCCUGUUACGACCGGAGUGCCCGUUGCACGGCCAGGGUUCCAUCAUCUCCAAGGCCGAUUUCGGCCAGCUCAUGUUUCGACCCAAGGACUCGAAACAGCAGGAUGUGAUCUGCCACCUCAUGACCCGCUUCCACAAGGGCAGUGAAACUUUGUUCGUCCAGGAACUGGGCCUCGUGCAAUCCAUCUUCGACUAUGCUCGCGCCAAUUUCAUUGGUGAGUUCAACCAGCAGUUAGCGGAUACUACUUCGAAGUGCCGUGCGGUGAAGUUGGCUAAGUGUUUGGGAGGCACGCGAGCUCGCGAAGUCAGUACGUACCAACAGGUUCUGCAUGACGAAUCCCCUCCUAUGCAUCCUUUGUUCGUGUUUGCGCUGACCGACCAGCAAAGCAAAGUCCUCCUACGACAUCCCAACGCCAGCAUUCUCGGCGAUUUGGCAUAUAGCACGGUCCUACGCAGUCAAGGCCGUUUGGCUCUCAACCCACAAGUGAAUCUGGAGUUGAGGGAUGACUCAUGGGCAAAGGAACAGGAGGAGAAGCGCAAGGCCAAGGAGAUCACCAAGAAGGAGUUGGAUGAGGAUGACGAGGAGGCCGCCCAGGAGGCACAUUUGGUGCCAGUUUUGACUCACACAGUUUGCGGUUGGGACCGCGUUUGCGCAGAGGCUUUGAACUCUUUGAUGUACACGCGGCAUGGAAAUAAGUCCUUGAUUGAUCGCGUUCUUGCUAUCGGUCGAGGUAGUAUCUCCGAUGCCACUCUUCGGCUUUCCACGUUAAGCUUUGAAAGAGGUGCUUGGCAGAGGCCAGCGCGUUCGUCUGCGCUUUGGCACGAUUCCACUCAGUGCUACCUCCAAAAUGGUAUGCGAGUUUUCCGCGCUUUCCUUCUGCACGACACUAAGAUUCCUUCUCUCGUGGUGUUUUACUCGCGCAAGUCUGUGUUCCAGUACUUGAUUCUUCGUCGCACUGUCGCGAUUCAAUCUUUCAUGGAUGUUCUAGCGCGUGGGCACACCUCCGUAGGUGAGGCGGGAUGCCGUCGUUCUUUUCCCCAGUGGCUUGAGCAGACGCGCUACUUGUUGCGUUCUGUCGGUGUCCGCAGGGAUCCGAGCGGCAGCGAAGUGCCCCCUGAUAUGGAAUCCCGUCGCAAGUCCAGGCGUUCUGUGGCGGCUCGCUCGCGUAGAGUAGAGAAUUUUCGGCUCGUCAGGCGUGCCAACCGGCAACGCUACCGUUCUUUGAAGACGGAGCUCCAAAAAUUGACCCUAGUUGUUGAUGCUCCGAGGGAUUCCCAAAGGGUUCAAGAAGCUCUUCACACGGUUGGCUGUGACUUGUCUUCCAAUGCUGGCGCCUUUAAGGCUUCUUUGCCAGCUCCAGAGGUGGGAACUCGUAAUCCCACUCUGAUCCGGGCGGCGCGCCUUAAAGGCUUCCUUUGCGCCACCUGGAACGUGGAGGGUCUCCGAAGCCCGGGCAAGCAUCACGUGCUUGUCAGAGCUAUGGAAACCUACCACUUGGACAUUGUUCUUCUCCAGGAAACACACACACAAGGUGCUGCUUCGUAUUGCAUUCGGGAUCAUCUUUUCUAUUUAGUCGGCUCUUCUGAUCGUAAAUGUGACGCGCAUGCUGGGGUAGGUUUUAUCCUUGCGCCUCACAUGCGUAAAUACGUGAUUCGUUUCACGCCUUAUCACGCGAGAGUCGCUGCUCUGGAAAUCAACACCAGACCGCGUGCUUCCACCUUUUUCAGCAUUUAUGCCCCCAGCACUCUCCCGGAUCCUGCGCUUGAUAGAGAGCGCAAGGAGGCUUUCUGGGACCUGCUCGCUAGUAUUGUCCCGCGUUCCAACUCCAGCAGCCCCAUCGUCAUCGCUGGGGACUUCAAUUCGAGACUCAUACGGAAACUGGCGGAGGAUCCGCCUGUGUUUGGCGACGCGCUUUUUGGCACCUCCAGUGUGAUUCACACUGAGGAAUGGAAUAAUCGGGCGAACCUUCUUAGUUUUGCGCAUGAGCGCAACUUGCUGUUGCUCAACACUUUCACCUCGAAGCCAGUUUGCACGUUCCGUGAAAUUGGCGCCGGAAGUUCUAUCUUUGAUCCGGCUCCGCAGGAUUAUCACAUUCUCGACUUUGUUUUGGUCCCUGCGACUCGGAAGAACAGCAUUCAUGGCAUUCAUGGCCUUCAUUCUUUCGCUUUUGAUUCCCACCACUACCCUUUGGUUUUCAAAUACCAAUUUAAAGAUGCAGGGCGUGUCAAAACCUGUGGCAACAGACCCGGUCUGGUCCUUCCACCGCAAUUGCAGCUCCCGACUUUUGACCAGAGGCCGGAAGGUCCGGUCUUUUACGUUUUCACUGAUGGUUCAGCGGGCGCCGGUGCGGCGGGCUGGGGCUUCUCCAUCUGCUUUGAUGUUGAAGGUCGGUCUCCACUUCUUUCCUCGCACGGUUGGGUUGAGACUGACCCUUCGAGGCCAGCCUACCAGGGCACCUUGCUUUGUACCAAUAACACGGCUGAGGUUGUUUCGCUUCUUGAGCUUCUUGAUCUUCUCAUUCGCGAGUUUCCGGUAGCCACGACUUUUGUGGUUCGUCCAGACUCGCAUUUCGCUAUGUACACUGCCUCUUUAGACUGGAUUACCUCGAAGCAUCCAGAGUUGGUUGAAAAGCUGCUGCUUCACCUCGCUUGUGCGCAGCAACGCCAUUUCUUUUGCUUUCAACAUGUUCGGGCUCACAAGGGGGUCCCCGGCAAUGAGCGUGCUGAUGAGCUCGCUAAAUCCGGUGCCCUCGGCAGCUGUUCUUGGGUUGGCCGUUGGGGCGCUCUCAUUCAGCCUCUUCAGGUCCCCAGUCUGCCUCCCGCCCUCAGUCUUUCUUAUGAGGGCCUUAUCGCUCUCAUUUCUUCGCAAAUGUUGCGACGGCCUCCUCGGAAGGCCAAAAAGCCGUGGAUCUCCGAGGCCACGUUGGCCAAAAUCGAUGAACUCGCUUUCCUGCGCACGAAUGGGUUGGCAACCCAUGAGCAGGAGGUUGCCCACCAUAAGGAGAUUCGCAAAAGGGCACGCCGUGACAAGAGGGAUUGGACAACAGCUCGUCUGUUGGACCAUGACCCCCGCUCACCGCCCUGGAAGGUUUUGGCUUCUCUUCGCUCUGCCUUCCACUCCAGACCAGUGGCGAUCAAGUCGUCCACAGGCCUGGUCACUGGGUAUAACAUUGCGGAGGAGUUCGCGCAGCAUUAUGCGCAAAGAUGGUCGCUCCCUGGGCCGUUCCUUCCACCCCCGCUUGGGGACCCUCAUCCUCCUAUUCCGGUGGAUGGCCUGACCUGCAAGGUGUCUCUGGGUGAGCUCCUGGGAGCUAUCGCCCGCACGAAGCGUGGGAAAGCACCGGGGACGGAUGAAGUUCCGGCGGAUGUUUUUCGUCGUCUUACACUGCCGACGCUUCUUCUUAUUGCUGCUUUGUUCUCGGACAUGAUUGAGGGUGGCCCACACCCCCAAAGUUGGCGUGAGGCCAUGGUAGUGGCUUUGUUCAAAAAGCACUGCCCGUUGGAGGCCAGUAACUAUAGGCCCAUUGCUUUGUUGAAUUCUUUUUACAAGCUGUUCGCCUGCGUCCUGCGGUGUCGUCUCGCCAAAUAUGUUGAGGACCGUUUGCGUGGUUCCCAAUAUGGUUUUCGUCCAGCUCGUUCUUCCUCGCAGUGCGUUUUCCUCCUUAAACGCAUGGUGGAGCUGUUUGAGCAGUAUGGGGGCACGCUCCACGUCAUUUCUCUGGACUGGAGGCUCGCCUUCGACUCCAUUCACCACUCGUCUAUUGAUUGGGCGCUUACCCAUCUCGGGGUUCCUGCCCAAUUUCGGAGGGUCAUCAUGGCUCUCUACCAUGACACGAUCUUCCGGGUCAAAUUUGGAGUCGCUUCUUCGGAUUACCCCUUUUUGAGAGGUAUCCGCCAGGGGUGUCCGCUUUCCCCUUUUUUGUUCGUCGCUGUGCUCUCCGUUGUUUUUGAGUCUGCCGAUGGCGUGUUCUUUGAUCGCUACCAGCAGCGUCCUUGGACGCUUUCUCGUGAGUCCCCCACUUCGGAUCUGGAGUACGCGGAUGACACGCUGCUGAUGGCACGUACGGGUCAAACGGCGAACCGUAUGCUCCACGUCCUCCAAGAGGUCGCUUCUGCUGCAGGCUUGGUUCUUCAUCCUGCUAAGACCUUCCAUCUCGCAGUCAAUUCGGAGUGGCCCAUCAUCCCUGCUAUGGCUGAGGUCGGUGAGAGGUGCCACUGCCGUUUCUGUGACGAGUCACAGACCUGCCCUCAUGUGUGCCCUUUGCAGCAGGUUGAGGAGCUGGAGUACCUUGGUACUAUUACUACCCCGAAGGGCGAUGCUGAUCCCAAUCUGCGUAACCGUCUUAGGCUUGGUCGCUUGGCGUUUGCUAAGCUCAAGCCUUUUUUCCGUUUGUCGGGUGUCCCUCUGUCCGUCAAGCUGCAAGUCUACACUGCUAUCUUCCAAGCGGUGGUGGUGUAUUCGUUGGAGUCUGAGGCUUUGUCACCGUCGCAAUAUAUGCGACUGGACACGCUCGGCAUGAAAGUGCUUCGCAGCAUUCUUAAGCUGCCUUCUGCUUAUUACUCGCAUAUUACUGGGGAUGGCAUUUCUCACGAGGCCGGGUACGCGGUCGUGCCGUUGGAUUGGGGCCACAGUAAGCAUAGACCUUAUGUUCAUGUGCUGCAGAUGGACUUGCGCUUGUCCCGCACCUGGGACCUCAUCAGGCGCAGCUCGGUUGCUAGCGCCAACGCUAUCUAUCGGGAGACGGCUGCCUUUUGCCACUGGCUCCUGUCCAAUCAUGCUUGCGUCCAUUUCUCGGUGGAAAAUCCAUUACACUCGUGGCUUUGGCACUUGCCCUGCUUCCAAUCCUUGGUGCAGAGACUUACCUUAGUAAGCUUCGAUGCAUGCUUGCAUGGUUCCACACGCAAGAAGGCUACAGCUUUCCUGUCCUACCACCCAGUUUUGGGCCGCCUCAGCGGGCCUUGCCCGGGAUGCCCAAAGCAUGAUGCUUGGGUUGUGGACGGCGCGUAUGCCACAGCUUUGGAGGCCGCCUACCCAAAACUUCUCUGUGAACGGCUUGUUGCCUGCAUCGAUGACGUCGCUGCAGAGCGUCAGCUUCUUCCGAGCAAGCUUCAGACUUCUGAGCUAGCUAAUGCCCGAGCAGCAGGGCAGGUUCAGCCCCGAGGUCGCCGUUUCGCGCCUGUCAUCAGCGAAUUUGCGCAUACCGUGUCAGUGGCUUCCUCCGAAGCCCCCCCGCUGAAUGCUAAGAACUGCUUGGAAAAACCUUGGUUGCAGGUGCCUGCCAAGGCUAAACUGCUGCGUGUGUCCGUUGAAAGGGGUGGUGCCGACACCCGCGCAGGUGAGCUGGGAGAUGAGCUCCAGGUGGAUGCAGCUUCUUGUCGUUUUUACACUUUCGGUGUGUAUCGAUCUCCAGAGGUUUUCGUGCAGGAGGCCAAGCAGCUUGUUCGCCCCUUUGAUACUGCCAGGGCACUUCCGGACGGACUGGUUCGCGUGCUCUUCGACCUCCUUGUGCAAGGCCCGGUAGCGAUUGUGCGACGGAGACUGGAGAAAAUCAGGCUCUGGAGACAAUGGGCUGUUGAGCUUGAGGGCGAGCAGCAUGCCUUGAAGCAAAAGCUUGAACCUUCGGUGAGGCGUGUUUUGGGAGGCAAGCGCCUGUGCCUUCUUAAGCGUAUUGCCGAAUCUCUUGAGUGGCCUGACAAGCAACUUCAUCACGACUUGGAGGUGGGGUUCAAACUCACUGGCUAUAUGCCGUGUACUGGGGUUUUCCAUCCGGACGAAAAGCCGGCACUUAGCUCCGAGCAAGAUUUUUGGGAAGGUGCGGCCGUCUUGAGGGAUUCUCUGUGGGACAAGGUGUCCAGCCAAGUUUGUGGUGAGCAUGCGCAAGAGCUGUGGAACGUCACUCUUGAAGAAGCAGAUGCAACAUCAAAGGCUUGGCUUGAUGGUCCUUACACUAGAGAGCAGCUGGAAGAAGUGUAUCCGCAGGGAUGGUCGCCUUGUCGCCGAUUCAGUGUAAUGCAGGGAAAGCUUCGUCCAAUCGACGACUUCUCCGAAUCCGGCGUGAACUCCUGUUUUGGGUGUUUCGAGCGUGUCAGCCUGAAAGCACUGGAUGAGCUUUGCUGGGUUUGCCUGCAGGUAUUCCGUUGUUCCUUGGGUUCCGGUUGGGUGAAGUUUGUUUUGAGUGACGGCACGUCCCUCGAGGGCAGGUUGCACAAAGUUUGGGCGGAUCGCGAGAAACUGCGUCCACUCACGAAGACCUAUGACCUUAGAGCUGCGUACAAACAACUACCUCUUCACCCGGGAGAGAAGCCGAAGGCAGUCCUGAUUCUCAAGAACCCUACCGACGACCGGGUGUAUGCAUUUCCGUGCAACACCUUGCCCUUCGGUUCGUCGGCUGCGGUGAUGCACUUCAAUCGAGUGUCCCUGUUGCUGCAGCGGAUCCUUUGGGAAGUCGGCGUAGUAACGGCAUGUUACUAUGACGACUACCCAACAAUGGCUCCUGCGAUGCUUAGUGGGGGCACUGAUAAUGCGGUGCAUUCGGUCAUGGACCUCCUUGGGCUCACGCUAUCGCGCGACAAAGAGCAGCCUUUCAGCUCUGCUAGCGAGAUGCUGGGAGUUGUCCUGGAUACAAGCGACCCGUCCUUUGGGCACGUGUGCGUGUCAAACAAACAGGAACGGGCUGCGGCGAUGUGUGAGACACUUGCAGGCGUGAUGAGGGAUCGAAAGGUGCUGGUUCGCGAGGUGCCCUCCCUUUUGGGGAGACUGCAAUUUCUUGAGUCGCAGAUGUUGGGACGCACGGGCCGCCUGGCCAUUUCUGAUCUGAGGAACCUGGAGCGGGCUGCUGCAUUCAGCGUGGAGCUAAGCCAGUCACAGUUCGAUGCGGUUGCUUUGCUACGUGCUCGCCUUUUGAAGGGGGUUCCCCGUCAGCUUUCAGCGAGCCCUGCAUCUGCCCCAGUCCUUGUGUUUACCGAUGGAGCAUGCGAUCCCUGUGGAAGUUCCUUUCAUGCGGCUGUGGGAGGCGUUCUCAUCGCUCCUGGGUCGAAGCCCCGUGUCUUUGGUGCCAAAGUUCCUGAGGCCUUGAUCCAACGGUGGGCACGGGGGCGCAAGCACAUCAUAGGCCAGGUUGAGCUGUACGCCGUGGUUUUAGCCAGGGUCUUGUGGUCCAGGGCACUAGGGGGGAACAGGGUCUUCUUCUUCGUGGACCACACGGGUGUCCACAGCUCGUGUAUAAACGGGAAUGCUGCUGAUACCUCCUGGCGUGAGCUGCUCAUGCAACUAGAGGCUGCGGACGAGGCGGCGCCGUGCCUAGCAUGGUUCCACAGGGUUGCCAGUGAAAGCAACCCUUCCGACGCCCCCUCUCGGGGUGAGUGGGACAAACUGCGUUACCUGGGGGAUUUCUUGCGCGACGAGGUCAAAUGUCCGAUGACUUAUUGCACUCUUGAAAGCACUUGA